ACGGAGUAAGCGCCGCACGCGCCCGCCCCGCUCGAGUGCUCGCAUCGUGUGAACACCCCUCAGUUCAGCCCUUGGACUUUUCUAUACCACGUUUUUGAAGUGCAUUCGGAUAUUUUGGAACUAAAACGCCAGUGAUUAUUUGUGCUUAGAGCAUAACAUGUGACGCAAAAACGCAAGAUGGAAGAGGAAAGUACUACUUGCGCCGGAGACACCUGCGACUCACCCCCGGUUGAAUCCCAGGUUAACGAGACUGAGCCUGAUGUGCAAAAGCCAGAUGAAAUUAAAAAAGAAGAAGAUCCAGUUGCUAGCGAUAACGCAAACGUAAAUGAUAAGAAUGAAAGUGGAAAUAGCAAAGAUGAAAGUGGCGUAGUACUCGACGGUUCAGAAGAGAAAAAUGUAACCAUAGAUGUAAAGGACUCUUGUGUUGAACAUGAGCCAUGUGAAGGAAAUGAUGACGUGCGCUCACUCGGUGAUCUGGACAGCCUUCCCGCGGGUGACGAGAUGGCGCUGGGCGCUGCGGGCAGCGACAGUGGAGUAGAAGGGUGUGGUCGCGCUCUCAGCAGCGGCGGAGGGUCGCGAUCGUGCGCCUCCAGCGUCGUCUCCUGCGGGUCCGGCUGUGGCUCCGAGAGCUCGUCCAUAGCCGGCGCCCCGCCGCGACCGCGACGGCGCGUCAACGUUACCGUAGCAGAACCAAAACGCAGUUCCCCCUUAGGAUCGUCGACUCCGCGCCCGGUCACCGCGCCGCGAGGUCCCAACCUAGCCACCAGAGAACGAGCCCGAAGUCGAGAGAAACCCACACCGCCUGAAAAGCCCCGACCCCUAACUCCGAAGCCGCGAAUCCGUCCUACCGGCGACUUGCCCAAUCUCGUCCGCGAGAGCCCCGCGUUACGUGCCAAACCGACCAAAACCUCCACAGCCAGAUGCCGCACCCCGAAUUCGCCAAGCGAAGAGAAGAGGUGGCCGGCGAACGGUCCGCGGUUGACGACUGUCACGGACGCGAGUGCAGCGCGAGUGGCGGCAGACAAGUACGCGACUCUUCCGCGGCGGAGAAAAGAGGCUGACACUGAUGGGUCGCCGAAACACGAGAGCACUCCGCCUACUUCCAGGAGGCCGACGGUGACGCGCUCGGCGUCCUCGCGGUCGACAAUCAAGACUCGUGUGCGAAUUUACGCCGAGAAAACCUCACAGACUGUGCUGCUCGGGACCGAUGUUGAAUCGGCUCUAGCGGGAAUCGUGCCAAAUAUUGAAAACCACGUAGAAGUAACCCGGUGCCAUCGAGGCGUGCAGGCGAGCGCACGUGACGUGGAGGCGGCGCGGCUGGCGGCGGCGGCGGCGGCGGCGGAGGCGGCGGCGGCGGCGGAGCGAGAGCGCCGGGAACACGCGGAGGCGCAGUUGGCUGCUGAGCGAGCCGCACGUCUUGCCGCCAUUGCUGAGCUGGAGCGCAACUCGCAACGGCUGCUGGAAUUGGCUGGCGCUGGUGCAGGCGCCGGCGCCGACGGCUGCUUGCGAGCGCUGGAGGAGCAGCUGCGGUCGGCCGGCGAGCUGUCCGCGCGGCAACGCUCCGAGAUCGACUCCUUGAGGGCGCUAUGUGAUAAAUUACAUGUAGAAGCUCGCGGUGCGCGUGAAUCGGCUAGAUCGCUAGAGGCGCGCUUAGCGGAGGCCGAGCGCGAGGCAGCCGAGAUGCAGGACUUCCUCGCGGCCGAGACCGCGGCCUUAGGAGACUCGCUGCGGGAGGCCGACGCGGAGAUAGCGCGCCUCUCUGCAGACCUGGACAGAAGGUAACUGUUGCUUGUAGUUGGUACUGCUAGCAGAGGCCGAGCGCGAGGCAGCCGAGAUGCAAGACUUCCUCGCGGCCGAGACCGCGGCCCUAGGGGACUCGCUGCGGGAGGCCGACGCGGAGAUAGCGCGCCUCUCCGUAGACUUGGACAGAAGGUAACUGUUGCUUG